AUGGGCGGGCUGAUAAUCUUGGCUUUGGCCUUGUGCAUGGCCCAUCAAGGCGUCGAGGCUGCACCUAUGCCUCGCUCCCCGCUUGCGUCGGCGUCCAGUGUCGAGCCUAGUCGCGAACAGCACGACAACUCGGAUCCAAAGCUACCCGAAAAAUACGUGGGUUGCUACAACUCACAUGUUGUAGAGUAUUUCCCAACUUUGACUCUAGAGGCUCGAACUCGAGUCAGCCGAUUUUUUCACAAAACCAAUACUACCUGUGACGAUGUUCAAUCCAUCGACUUUGAUGCAAAUGGCAUGGUGUGUUCCUUGCAACACCUGUUCACAGAUUUUUUGCUUUGCUCCAUGUUUGGCUCAUCAAAGAGCAUUCCUUUGCUGUCCUCGCUUCCUGGCUCUCCUUAUGUUUUGUACCUUGAUUUCAAUGGUCAUAACACGACUUCGGAUUCCGCUUGGGGAGCAUUCAGUGCCUACGCGUUCUCCUUGGACAAUGACUUUGAAAGCUUCUCCAGUGCCGAGCAAGACUUUAUCACAAGCGUUUGGGCGCGCGUGGCCGAGGAUUUUGCGCCAUGGCAGAUAGAUGUGACAACGAUUGAACCUGCGACCUUCACACCCUUCACCGCACAUGCUUUAAUCACCCGCACAACCACGACCACAAAUGAGUACAUGCCUUACGGCUCGUUGAGUAUUGGUGGCGUGGCUUAUACGGAUGUUUAUGGUUACAGUAACUACCAAACAGUGUAUGCUCCGGCCCUGAUUUACUACAAUCGCCUGGCCAACCUCGCGUCCUUUACCGCCGAAGCCACAAGCCACGAGGUGGGACACAAUUUCGGACUAUUGCACGACGGUGCAGGAAACUCAACAUACUAUGGUGGCGAUCGCGAUCCCACCGAUCCAACCAGCUGGGGCCCAAUUAUGGGCACAGGCUAUUAUAAUAGCGUAACCCAAUGGGAGAACGGCGAGAACAUCGUCAAUCCGACCAACCUGGAAGAUGACGUGGCCAUCAUUGGGAGCCUGGUUCCUGUUCGUGUUGAUGAAGCUGGUGACACUCCAGCCACAGCAGCCUCGUGCACUCGUCUCGAUAGCUACAAUGCAGUCGCUUCGGGUAUCAUCUCAUCCCGCACUGACGUGGAUGUUUGGUCAUUUGUGGCCUCUGCCUCAAGCACUAUCACCGUGCUUGCCAAACCAUGGUAUUCUGCAACAGAAACAGCAGGCAACAAUUUGGACAUUGGACUGCGCCUAUUAGAUGAGAGUGGGAAUGUGCUAACCGUCGACAACCCCAGCGACCAAACUUACGUUCUCCUGUGGUUUGAUACUAACAAAUCAGCAGAAACGUUCUACGUGGAAAUUCAGGGUGUGGGCGAUCCAGACUCCACUUUCAGUCAAUGCAACAAGCUCGUCGUCUUCAACCACCUCGACAAGUUCGUCGUCUUCAACGAGCUCCACAAGCUCGACAAGCUCGACAAGCUCAACAAGCUCAUCAAGCUCAUCAAGCUCAACAAGCUCAACAAGCUCGACAAGCUCAACAAGCUCAACAAGCUCAACAAGCUCAUCAAGCUCAACAAGCUCAACAAGCUCGUCAUCUUCAACGAGCUCCACAAGCUCCACAAGCUCAACAAGUUCGUCGUCUUCAACAAGUUCGUCGUCUUCAACCACCUCGACAAGCUCGUCGUCUUCAACGAGCUCAACAAGCUCGACAAGCUCGACAAGCUCGACAAGCUCAACAAGCUCAUCAAGCUCAACAAGCUCAUCAAGCUCAACAAGCUCAUCAAGCUCAUCAAGCUCAUCAAGCUCAACAAGCUCAACAAGCUCAACAAGCUCAACAAGCUCAACAAGCUCAACAAGCUCGACAAGCUCGACAAGCUCAACAAGCUCAACAAGCUCAUCAAGCUCAUCAAGCUCAACAAGCUCAACAAGCUCAACAAGCUCAACAAGCUCGACAAGCUCGACAAGCUCAACAAGCUCGACAAGAUCGACAAGCUCAACAAGCUCGACAAGAUCGACAAGCUCAACAAGCUCGUCGUCUUCAACCACCUCGACAAGCUCGUCGUCUUCAACCACCUCGACAAGCUCGACAAGCUCGACAAGCUCAACAAGCUCAUCAAGCUCAACAAGCUCCACAAGCUCGACAAGCUCGACAAGCUCAACAAGCUCAUCAAGCUCAUCAAGCUCAACAAGCUCAACAAGCUCGACAAGCUCGACAAGCUCGACAAGCUCAACAAGCUCGUCGUCUUCAACCACCUCGACAAGCUCGUCGUCUUCAACGAGCUCCACAAGCUCCACAAGCUCGACAAGCUCAUCAAGCUCCACAAGCUCGACAAGCUCGACAAGCUCGACAAGCUCAACAAGCUCAUCAAGCUCAUCAAGCUCAACAAGCUCAACAAGCUCCACAAGCUCAACAAGCUCAUCAAGCUCAUCAAGCUCAACAAGCUCAACAAGCUCGACAAGCUCGACAAGCUCAACAAGCUCGUCGUCUUCAACCACCUCGACAAGCUCGUCGUCUUCAACGAGCUCCACAAGCUCGACAAGCUCGACAAGCUCAACAAGCUCAACAAGCUCAUCAAGCUCAUCAAGCUCAUCAAGCCCAGCAAGCUCAUCAAGCUCAACAAGCUCAACAAGCUCAUCAAGCUCAACAAGCUCAACAAGCUCGUCGUCUUCAACGAGCUCCACAAGCUCGACAAGCUCGACAAGCUCAACAAGCUCAUCAAGCUCAUCAAGCUCAACAAGCUCAACAAGCUCGACAAGCUCGACAAGCUCAACAAGCCCAACAAGCUCAUCAAGCUCAACAAGCUCAACAAGCUCAUCAAGCUCAACAAGCUCAACAAGCUCGUCAUCUUCAACGAGCUCCACAAGCUCCACAAGCUCAACAAGUUCGUCGUCUUCAACCACCUCGACAAGCUCGUCGUCUUCAACGAGCUCGACAAGCUCGACAAGCUCGACAAGCUCAUCCAGCUCAACCACUUCGACAAGCUCAACAAGCUCAUCCAGCUCAACCACCUCGACAAGCUCAACAAGCUCAACAAGCUCGACAAGCUCGACAAGAUCGACAAGCUCAACAAGCUCGUCGUCUUCAACAAGCUCGUCGUCUUCAACCACCUCGACAAGCUCGUCGUCUUCAACAAGCUCCACGACUUCCACAAGCUCAACAGGAUCAUCGUCAUCAAGCACCUCGACAAGGACCUCAAGGACCUCAAGCACCUCAACAAGCUCCACUUCAACCACCUCUACCACAUCCACCUCUUCAACAAGCUCAACAAGCUCAACAAGCACCUCAACAAGCUCGAGCACCUCAAGCACUUCAACCACCUCAAGCACCUCAUUCACCUCCACCUCUUCAACAAGCUCAACAAGCCCAACAAGCUCAGCCACAGUGUUCUCGGAUACUUUUCCGAGCUGCGUGAGAUUAGUGGUGGGUUGUAUGUUACACAGCAACCUGCACUUACAACUCUCAGGGGAUUGGAUAGCUUACAAUAUGUCGGUGGAGACCUCAAGAUCUCUUCUAUGUCGUCUUUGCACAAUUUGAGUGGCUUGCAUGGGACCCAGUUGGUGGUCGGUGGACGCAUAGUGAUUGAGCAGCUACCAGCUUUGACUUCGCUCGCCGCCUUGGAAGGCAUUACCGUGCUAGGGGCAUGCGAGAUUGACACGGCCUCGCUGCCCUCUUGCAUUGGAGUAUGUUCUUGCGAUGCAAUCAAUCUGAUUGGACCCACGAGCACAACCUCAACCACAUCCACCACGAGCACCUCAACGACUUCACUACUCGAACGCGUGGGUCCCAUCUACUGCAACAAUGCAUUGGCCUUGGCCGGGGUGCGAUAUAUGGCACUGGGAUUGGAUGUGCUAUCUGGCUCCAUCAUCUUGGUCAAUGGCUGUAACAUGCCAGCUACUGUGUUUUCCGCAUUUGCCGAUUUGAAAAUUGUGGAAGGGGACCUUGAGUUACGAUGGCAGCCGGCUAUCUCCAGUCUGGAGCCACUUGAGCAGUUGCAAAGUGUCGGCUCGUUCAUUUUGGAGCAGAUGAAUGGGCUGACAACGCUGCAUGGGCUAUCCGCAUCAACAUUGCGGAUUGACGGUGACCUCAAAAUUCUCAACAAUGCCGCGCUCACAUCGAUUGAAGCACUGGCUGGUGUUUCGGUCACGGGCAAGUGCAUCAUUGCACACAAUCCCAAAUGUGAUGACUGCACCGGCAACACUUUGCUGCCUAGCCUGCAUGGCUUAGAUAGCCUCUCUUACAUCAAGAACUCAGUGACAUUAAAGUCCAACAAUUUGCAAAGUCUAUCAGGUUUAGAGGCUUUGACCUUUAUUGGCGUCUUGACAAUUGGUGAUCGCCUUGAAUUGCGAUCUCUGGCCAAGCUAACAACCACGGCAGGGCUGGGCCCGGUUGCGUCCCUUCAAGAGUUAACAUUGUACAACCUUCCUGAGCUGACCGACAUUUCAAGUCUGGCCUCGCUGACUUAUGUUGGAGAACUUGAUAUUCGUAACACGGCACUGACCAACGUCAGCGCGUUGGUUGGGCUCGUUACAGAGGACUGCACCAUCGAGCUUGCAUCGUGUGAUGCAGAGGCAGCUUGUACAUGUGAUGAUCUGUGA